CACAACUACUUCACCCGUUUUAUUUAUUUUUCACUUUCCAAUUUCACGCAUGGGCUUGUUAUGGCGCGCAGGCACCAAGCUAUCUAUACUAGCAUCCGCCAUCGGCGGCGGCACCGCGGCGGCGCUCAUUGCCACCUCCGACGACCCCGCAACAGCCCUCAAGCUCUCCACAUCCAUCCCCCGUCGCCUCUUUGACGAUGCCAUCGCUGCCGCCAACAUUGUUUUCGAUUAUGAAUAUUCACUGUGGGGAAUCCCGGAAGGGAGUAGUGAGAGGGAGAAAAUCAAGCAUGAAGUUCAUCUCCGUUCAGCGCAAAAACUUCGAGACCUGUGUUUUAAGAAUGGAGGGAUUUAUAUAAAGCUUGGACAACAUCUUGGGCAAUUGGAAUACUUAGUUCCUCAAGAAUAUGUUCAGACCAUGAGGGAGUCCAUGCUAAAUAAAUGCCCGGUUUCUUCAUAUGAACAAAUAUGUGAUGUAUUCAAGAAAGAGCUUGGAGACACACCAGAUAAAAUAUUUUCUGAGUUUGAUCCAGUUCCAAUAGCAAGUGCUUCCCUUGCACAAGUUCAUGUAGCUCGCACACAUGAUGGCCAGAAAGUUGCUGUGAAGGUCCAACAUACUCACAUGACUGAAACUGCGGCUGCUGAUCAAGCCACUGUAGAAUUGAUUGUGAACACUCUGCAUAAUUUUUUUCCUAGUUUUGAUUAUAGGUGGUUGAUUGAUGAGAUUAGAGAGAGUUUACCCAAUGAAUUGAACUUUUUAAGUGAGGCAAAGAACAGUGAGAGGUGUUUGGAGAACUUCCGCAAGUUGUCUCCUCAUAUUGCAAAUUAUGUAUAUGCACCAAAAGUAUAUUGGAAUCUGAGUACCUCAAAGCUGCUUACAAUGGAAUACAUGGAUGGCGCUUAUAUAAAUGAUGUGAAGGCCAUCAAGAAACUAGGGAUCCAUCCACACGAACUUUCAAUAUUGGUUAGUCAAACUUUUGCUGAAAUGAUGUUCAAGCAUGGGUUUGUACACUGUGAUCCACAUGCUGCUAAUUUAUUGGUUCGCCCAUUGCCUUCCAGCAAUGCUAGUUUUUUGGGCUGGAGAAAACCACAGUUGAUUCUUUUAGACCAUGGACUCUAUAAAGAGCUUGACUUUGAUACAAGAACUAAUUAUGCUGCACUAUGGAAGGCGCUGAUAUUUGCUGAUGCAAAUGCAAUCAAGAAAUACAGUACAAAGUUGGGUGCUGGGGAGGAUUUAUAUGCGCUUUUUGCUGGAGUUCUAACAAUGAGACCUUGGAAUAGAGUUGUUGACCCAUCCAUGGAUCAUUUAGUUAUACAGGGAAGUGAGAGUGACCGUUCAGAACUGCAGAUGUAUGCUUCUGAAUAUUUCCAUGAAAUCUCGGAGCUUCUAAGGAGAUUACCACGUGUGAUUCUUCUAAUGAUGAAGACAAACGACUGUUUACGGGCAGUCAACAAUACGCUGUUACAGGGAUCAUCUCUGGAGACAUUUUUAAUCAUUGGAAAGGUUUCUUCUGAGGCUGUCAUUGAAGCAAAAAUGUCACAAAGCAAAUCACUUUUAACUUGGUUUAACGUGAAAUUGGAUAAGAUUUUGCUGGAAAUACGGCUUUGGGGAAUGCAAACGGCCUUGUGGCUUUUACAACUGAGGAAGGUGUUGUCUUGGUCUCACAAAGCAUCAUAAAAA